AUGGCGUGUUCUCGGGGCGUUACCUUGAUGGCUGUACUCUGUUUGGUAGCUAGCGUGGUAUCCAACCCAGUUCGACGGUCGCCUGAUCUGGAAGCACGACGUAGAAGCGCUAUAGAUCGAAGCAUGAUAAGAUUUGGAAGAUCCUAUCCUCCUGAAGCAUCAGCCGCUGAUAUUCGAGAGGCUCUCCAACGACCCACCCGCAGAGGCAACAGUUUCCUACGAUUCGGCAGAUCCCAACCCGUCACUAUCACCACUGACGACCUGAUCACUCUUCUACGAUCUUACGAAGAAGACAAUGAUAGCCCCGUAGCUAAGAGAGUCUCCAACUUCGUCAGGCUGGGCCGAGAUCCUAAGUUCAUCAGGCUCGGCAGGUCAACUGAUGUCGAGAAAGGCUAUGAACAGAACUCGGAACUGUACGUUAGCGGUUACCCCCAGAGGAAGAGUAGAGCAAGAGACCACUUUGUAAGACUCGGGCGUGGCAGCGAAGAUGUCAGCAACUCGAACGAAACCGACGAGACUUUCGAUGAAAGGAGGAAGCGAUCUACAGAAGCUGUUUGCAGCAAUUGUCAUACGUAA